GCCAACAUUACUAUUUUGCCUGGUAUCUCCUUAGCUAUUUUUCCUUUACCUAGCUGAGAAAACUAUAAAGGUUUAAAAUGAGCCUCACAGACAUUCUAAGCCCUUCUGAUAUUGCUGCUGCUCUGCGGGACUGCCAAGCUCCAGACUCCUUUACUCCCAAAAAAUUCUUUCAGAUCAGUGGAAUGUCUAAAAAGAGUAGCAGCCAACUGAAGGAGAUCUUCCGGAUUCUCGACAAUGAUCAAAGUGGCUUCAUUGAGGAAGAUGAGCUCAAAUAUUUCCUUCAGAGGUUUGAGUGUGGAGCCAGAGUGUUAACCUCCUCAGAAACCAAGACCUUCUUGGCAGCUGCAGAUCAUGACGGGGAUGGCAAAAUUGGGGCUGAAGAAUUCCAGGAAAUGGUGCAGUCUUAGAGGUUCAAAAGGACCAAACAAAAUACAAUCAGGAUGAAUCUGCACGAGACACUCCAAAACCUUGAAAAUCAGAAGUCCCUUAUUUAUCUUGACAGUGACUGUUACUUGUUCAUUGCCUUAGUAACAUAAUGAAACACUGAUUAAUGAUUUUUUUCAUUGUGUGGAUCAUUUACCAUGUUCUAAACUCUACUUUAGCAGACACUUCCCUUAAAAAUAUCCAAUAAAAAUUAAUUACAUACUGUA